AUGAAGAGUGAGCUGAACAGGAAUUACUCAGAGGUGACUGAGUUUAUUCUACUGGGGUUUAGAAUCCCUCAAAAGCUACAGAUCCUCUUAUUCUUCGUGUUCUUGAUGAUCUACAUCGUUAUUGGGGUGGGAAAUAUCAGCAUGAUGAUUGUCACUAAGAUGGACUCCAGACUUCAAACGCCUAUGUAUUUCUUCCUUCGAAACUUGUCCUAUUUAGAUCUCUGCUAUUCCACAGUCAUUGCUCCCAAAACUUUAGCCAAUUUCUUGACUAAUGAAAAGAAAAUUUCAUACAAUGGCUGUGCAGCCCAAUUUUUCUUCUUUGCCCUUUUUGUCACAACUGAAGGCUUUCUGCUGGCUGUCAUGGCAUUUGAUCGAUUCUCUGCCAUUUGCUCCCCUCUCCUUUACCAUGUGUACAUGUCCCAGAAAGUCUGUGUUCAGUUGGUUACUGGAUCCUACGUCUGUGGAUGCAUCAACUCCAUAGUGCAGACAGGUCUCACUUUCAGUUUGCGUUUCUGUCAGGAAAACAGACUAGAUCACUUUUUCUGUGAUGUUCCAGCCCUGAUCAAGAUCUCAUGUGUUGACACCUUUGUCAAUGAGAUUGUACUGUUUAUUCUCUCUGCUCUCAUCAUCAGCAGCACCACAACUGUCAUUCUGGUUUCCUAUGCUUAUAUCCUCACCACUGUCCUGAAGAUCCCCUCGACGCAUGGCAGGACUAAGACCUUCUCCACCUGUGGCUCCCAUAUAGCAGUGGUGAGUUUAUUCUAUGGAACUGUCUUCUUCAUGUAUGCGCAACCUGGGGGCACCUCCUCACCAGAGCGAAGCAAAAUUGUAGCUGUGAUCUACACACUUAUAAUACCAAUGCUAAACCCUGUAAUAUAUAGUCUGAGAAACAGGGACGUGAAAGAUGCUGUGAAAAGAAUAUUACAUAAGAAAUGGUGCCCUCAGUGA